UUUUCAUUUCUAGUGUGUUGUAAUGCCAAGGAAUCUUUUCUUCAUUUUCUUUUGUUGCUCCAUACUCGGUUUCCAAUACAUAUCCAUACAAUUAAGCCUUAUAUAUGAUCUCAGAAAACUUUCAGGUCGGCUUUCAUGGAAAGUUAAAUUGUUCAUGUUGUAGCUAGUUACUUUUCAUGCUUCUCUGGUCAAAACAAGAAAAUUCUUUUAACAAGGAUUUUUCAAUAUGUGUGAGCUUUUACUGAUGUACUUUCUCUUUCUAAUUUGUUAGCCAUCAUAUCGUUUUCCAAACAAUUUCAACAUGAUUCUGGAAAUUCUUGUGAUGAGAUCAAUUGCAAUUCUCAGUGUUUUUUCCAACCACUAAUAAAUUUCUCAUUUCCUGAGAAAGGUUUAAUUCAAAAUAUUAUUUUCUUUCCUCUUACCUAAAUGGAGAAAAAAGAGUCUGAUCCAAUAAAAAAUGAGAGACGCAAUGGAAUAUCAGAGGAAAAAAAGCUGGAGCUGAGGCUUGGUCCUCCAGGAGAAGCCCAGUCUAUUCACUAUGUUGGUCUCAACAACAAAAUCAAUGGAGCCAAAAGAGUUUGGCAAGAAACAGUCGUAGCAAAGAAAGAAGAGAGAAAGUGGUUGUCAAAAAAUGCUCAAAAUCAGUACCAAGACCUUUCUUUUACUGAGAAAACUGUUGAAAGGGUGUUUCCAACUUCAUGGUCUUCUGCAUCUUUACACUCUUCUGCCUUUCACAUGGAUACUCAGAAGCAGAAUCAACAGCCAAAGCCUACAUAUAUUCAGUACCCUUCGAUCUCUCGCAGGUUAAGUGUUAUGGCGGAGGAGUCACAACAGACAUGUGGCUGUAGAGUGGCAGAGAUGCAGAAUUCAGAUAAGAAGGCAUGCUCUAGUAGACCUGCUAGUGCUUCAGUUUCUACAGCUACAGCUGAGCCCAUUAAUUCUCAGAAAAGAAUCGCAGUUGCUCCUGUUGUUGGGUGGCCUCCAAUCCGUUCGUUCAGGAAAAAUCUCGGAAGCAGAAACUUUUCAAAGCCAGCUCCCAAGUCACCAAAUGAAACUCCAAAGGCGGGGAGUGAUGGUGAAAAAUUGGUAAAUUUGGAACAUCAUAUGUUUGUAAAGAUCAAUAUGGACGGAGUCCCCAUUGGAAGAAAAGUGGAUCUCAAAGUCUAUGAUAGUUACGAGAAACUCUCCUUUGCUAUAGAUGAACUCUUCGGAGAUCUUCUUGCAGCUCAAAGAGAUUAUUCUGCCGCUAAAAAGGAAAACAAGGUGGGGGAUGCAAAAGCAAUCACAGAUUCCUUACAUGAUAGCGGGGAAUAUACUUUAAUUUAUGAGGAUAAUGAAGGGGACAGAAUGCUUGUUGGGGAUGUUCCAUGGCACAUGUUUGUAUCCACAGUAAAGCGGCUACGCGUGUUAAUGAGUUCUGAGAUUUCCACUCUACGACUUACCACCAGUCAGGACGAAAAGACACCACUUUGAUUUUGCAGUGGAAACUGGAAUCUGAGGCAGCUUUAAAGUGGAAUUUUUCCAUUUCUAUGAACCUCAGCUUGGGAUCCUUGUACAGUUGUUUUGCUUUCCAUCUGUACACUAAUGGUGAAUAAGCAGUUGUAACUUCUUGUUUUGUUUUUUUUAUGAACAAGAUUUUAAGAGAUUGUAACAUAGUGUUUCUACGUA